UACUGUGAGGAAGUAAGCCUGCCCUAAUGUUCACCACACGGUACGUUACAAACACGUCAAAAGCUAGACAGCUAACCAACGGACGAGUGUGUCAACUCGUAAGUUGAACUUCUGUGAAAUGCUGCCCGGAUACGCAUCUUUCGAUCCCUAGAUGAAGUCUACAAGUCCAAUGUUUAUAUAUAUAUAUUUUUUUCGCAUGGCUGAGUCAACUAAAGCUAGACUUGAUCUCAAUGUUUUUAAGGACUUAGGCGUCUAUUACUAUAACUAUAAUUUAUAAUAGAUCUACCAUCUACUACUAGUAUCAUCUAGACUAGAUAACUGUAAAUAUUAGUGCUAGGUGAAAAAUGUGUCUUAUAUGAAAAAGACAAGUUCAUCCAGAUUCUUACUUGACAAUGGCAAAAGAACAACGUCUACAUGGAUCUCUUGUCAGCUUAUGGACUGAUAUGUUACUAUUGGCACUGUUCCUUCAUGUGACAGUUGAUGCUGCUGCCAACUGUUCAAUGCUUAAAGCAUUUGCCGGAAAGCAAGAAAUUGACAGCAGUCUGUUUUGUACCACUGAGUUCUCAGAUACAGAGUGCCUCCCAUUUGUAGAGAGUUUCAAUGUCAGCCAUUUACCUAAAAAGUUUCAUACGAAUACUUUGACAGUGGAAAGACCAUCUGCUAUUAAUCUUGUAGGUCUUGUAAAAAAUUACACACGAGAAAAGUUUGGUCCAGGAGUUAGAGUCACAUGGGACUCUCCUAUAGCAGAAAUAUCUCGACACAAUUUGGAAGGUUUUUUAUUGCUUCUGGAAUCUAAGCACAAGACUUCCUGUCGACUAUUUCAUUUUAAACCUAAUAGUAUUGAACUAAGGAAAAUGAUGACCUUCAGUUAUGACAUUGAUCGUCUCUCAGAUGACACCUUCUACAAGUUAUCUGUCUUCAGCAUGCCUCCGCCGUCCAGUCAAGACAGAAAUGACAGCAGCCGAUACGUAGAUAUGAUGCUGCACACUUUUUCGCAUUACACCCUUGGAGCAGAUCCUGCACUAUGGUCUCCAUCGGUAACUAUUAAAACGAAGCAAGAUGGAAAUUUAUAUGUGAAGUUUACUCUUUCUCCGCCUGAGUUCAACUUCACGCACUUUGAAAUUCUUCUUUUGAAGCGUUCCUUCAGCAUUGCCAAUGCAUUUAUAAAGCUGAAUUAUACAGGCAAAUUCUUUACAGCUGCAGAGCCUGAAGGCAAAGUUCAGUUUGACAACCUGGAAUCAGAUGUCUACUUGAUUAAGGUGCGUGUUAAAGACCCAUUUCGUAAAAAAAGAGGACAAUGCUUGUGUUGGAGAAAUAUGGCAAAUGGAUUUUUAUGUGGUUUUCAUAAGUGUUGCGCCAAUUCCUGUAAUUUUACAAGUACUCAUUGGUUUGGUCUAAAAGUGACAGAACCUAAUAGACAUUCAUCACCACUACAAUCGACAACAAUUCAAAAUAGAGUUUGGGAGAAUUCCACGCCUCAGACUGCAGAAGUUUCUGUCUUGGAACAGAUAACUGAAGGACUUGGUUCGUGGGAUACAAUAGGCAUUAUUAUAGGGACAGUUAUCCUUGUAACUAUGAUUGUGGUUGGCGUCUGCUUGCUAAAGAAACACGAUUCAGUAUCAGCAAUUCUUAAAUCCUCUCUCUGUGUCAAGACACUCUCCAGCAAUGAGAAGAAAACAAUAUUUACACUCAGCGUACCACAAUGUGCGUCACCUUCUUUAUCUCUAAGACCAAAGAAGCUGUACAUGAUGUCAGGUGAUGACCACAGCGAUCAUGUUCACAUGGUGGACAGUCUGGUUCAGUUUUUAGAGCUCCAUUGUCACUGUGAUGUCGUGUACCCCCCAAGAGCCGAAGACAUCCACAAUUUUGACUCGCCUUACUCUUGGUUCAUUAACCACAUCUCCAGCUCCGAUCAUAUCAUCUUUGUCAACUCAGUGGGAGCCCAGAAACUGAUCGAGGCCAAUCUGAACAAGACAGUGUACAGAAACAGAGUCUUGGGUCCAGAGGGGGAUCUCUUCACCGAAUGUGUGAAACAUAUUUUCAAGGACAACAAGGCCAGGGAUAAAGUCAUCAACAUCUACUUUGGAAAUAACUACAGAGAAUCUAAAUAUAUCACAUCGCCCUUCACCUUUCCAAUUCCAAGAAAUCUUCCAGAACUUGUUCUGAAAAUCCAUUCUUUUAGCAGUAAAGACAAACUAAUCUUUAGUAGCAAGUUGCCCAUGUUUCGUGACAACAUUCCAGACUUGCCAGCUGGAUCUGAACUUCUGGAAGCCAUAGAUUGUGCAAGACUUUACGAAGAAAAAAAUCCUGAUUGGCUGAUGGAACAUUUUGGCGAGGAAACCCUCGCAACCACAUCCUUGCCUGCGUCACCAGUGAGUCCCGUUUCCUCUGAUUGUUCCUUUAGUGCUAGUAAGACAGCACACAGGUUGGAGACUAUGCUUUCUGCGGACUCUGCAUUUUAUGACUUGGGACCUCGAUCUGUGUCUUCUUCAGAGUUGAACAACUAUUCUUGUUCACCUGAGCACGAUGUCAAGGUCGGGCAUAAUGAGCGGAUCCUCAGCGAUAAAGAAUUACAGCUAAGUGUAUUUACAGUUCCAUGUUCCAACUUUACCAAUGAACUGAGUAGAGAGUCUUGCCACAGUUCCAGAACUCAGACUAACUUCAGCAUUCCUGCAAAUAUCACCGUCACCGAUUGUUCUACUGCGCCUGAGAGCAGAUGUAGUGGAAUCGUGGCAGCUGACUCGUCUAAAGAUGCUUUUAUUGCAACUAUCAUUCCUCCCGAUGACAUAUCCAUGAGCAGUAGCUUAAACAGCACUGACUUUUGCCAUAUCAAUGCAUCUCGUGUUGCUCCUCCUGCUGGCCCAUGUGUAUACAUUCAGAGGCCAGUUAACAAUCAUUUAAUUUAUCAGCCAGAUACGAUGUCUGCUGUGACCAGUCUAACUGAAGCAUUUGCAAACAUUAACCAAACCAAUCAAGAAUUUCAGAUUUGAGAAAUUUAAUAUGGUCAUUAAUUAAAAUUCACAUAGACCGUUGAGCCUUUAUAAAUGCUGGUGAUACUACUUGGAGUCAAAUGAACUCACUUCAAGGGGCAAUAACUCUUUGUUUCAGCUACUGAGAUUUUGGUCAUAGCUUAAUGUUCCAUUUAAAAAAAAAAAUCUAGACCCUUUGAUCUAGAAAAAGAAUUAUUAUAUUUUUAAAACAAUUAUACAUUGUGUCCAAACCUAAUAUUGUAGAGAUGUUCGAAAAGGUGACAUACUGAUCUUGACAACUUCCUUUUAUGUACCAAAGAACUAACUACUCAGCAUCAGUUGAUGUUUCUGUAACAAAAGUGUACUGAAACAAAAGAUGCAUUGCACUUUGGGAAGUACUUUUGCAUGCUGGGUAAAGAUUUGAGCAAAGACCUUACAGUGUUCUUACUGUAUAAUAUGUUUUUAUAUUAACAAUGCCUUGAUGCUGUAAUUAUUCACAUUUUAAAACAUUGUUUCUUCACUAUUGCAUUUAUUGAACAGUUUUUUAGUCCAGCAUUUAUAAAAAAAAAACCCUAAUUUUGCCAUUUUUUAAAUUAUUUAUUUAAGAAAACAAAUAAUUGAGGAUGUAUUUGCAGUAAGAGGUGUCACAAAUGUUGCUGAGCCGUGACAGGAAACAACAUUUUUGAUGUACUUUAUUUUAUACAAUACGAGUGUGUGUAUAGAUUUUAUACAUAAGUAGCACUAAGCAAUCUACCGUAAAUGUGAACUAUGUCCAUUGUCUUUCUAGACAGAAGGAGCCAUAUAUAUAUAUAUAAAGUUCCCCUUUCAGAACUUGCAAUCUUUAGGGCAGAUGAUUUAGAGGUCAUCUGUUUUUGUGGCCUGCAGUUAACCCUCUUGGCCAGCACAACAACAACCCACUUCUACUUUCCCCAACUAAUGUCAGGUAUCCAUUAGAGCUGGGUGGACUCAAAGAUCCCAAAAUAAAAAAUCACCAGGAUUUAAAUCCUGGUUUGGAAGUCAAGUGUUUUACUGCUAAGCCACCUUGCCUCCCAUAUCUCUCUCUCUCUCUCUCUGUAUGUAUAUAUAUAUAUAUAAUUUAUCAAGGUCUCUGCAAGCCCUGAGGACAUAUAUAUAUACUUGGAAGUGCUAUUUUAUUACAAAGAAGGAGUUUCUACCAAUUCAACAAAAUAUUUGACCUAAACAUUCUUUACCGCACAGCAACAUUUCAGACAGGUAGUUAGUUACCUGUUAUAUUUUGUACAUAAUAAAAAAAAAUUGUUUUGUUUAUUUCUGGAAGACUUGUACCGGUAUACACAAUUUUACAAUUACCAAAGUUGUUUUCUGUGUUACAUUUGAGCUCUUAUACUCUUGUCAAAUAUUCCACUUUUCCUUUAACUUUAAAAAAAAACCAAAUGCCUUAUAAUUAUAUUUUUGAUUUUGCUGCUAUAUUGCCAAAUGUUUUAAAGUAUAUUUUUUAAAAUUGUAUUGAUUAUCUUUCAUGCUGUAAGCCUGCUCAGUGCACUCUGGUCCAAUCUUUUUUUUUUUUUUUUGGAACUGUGGGAGUUUCAGUGCUGCCUUUAGAUGCUCAGCUUACACAACUCAGUUUGGGUCAGGAUUGGGCCUCCUUGAUAGGUAGUGAAGUAGUUUAUGUCACUCAGCCAUACUCUCCACAUUCCCCAAUCUUCAACAGUCAUUCAUUAAAAAUCAUGUUCUUCAAAAGUCAUUCUUCAAAAAUCAUGUUCUUCAAAAGUCAUUCUUCAAAAAUCAUGUUCUUCAAAUGUCAUUCUUCAAAAGUCAUUAAUUAAAAAUCAUUUUCUUCAAAAGUCAUUCUUUAAAAAUCCUGUUCUUCAAAAGUUAUUUUAAAAUCAUGUUCUUCAAAAGUCAUUCUUUAAAAAUCAUGUUCUUCAAAAGUCAUUCUUCAAAAAUCAUGUUCUUCAAAUGUCAUUCUUUAAAAAUCAUGUUCUUCAAAAAUCAUGUUCUUCAAAUGUCAUUCUUUAAAAAUCAUGUUCUUCAAAUGUCAUUCUUUAAAAAUCAUGUUCUUCAAAAAUCAUGUUCUUCAAAAAUCAUGUUCUUCAAAAGUCAUUCUUUAAAAAUCAUGUUCUUUAAAAGUAAUAAUCUUGAAUAUUAAUGUGCAGGUUAGGGUUAAGUGAGAUUGAUUGUUGAGUUGGGGCUUGACUUAGUUUUACCUCCCUGUUGGAGAUUCAGGCUAGAAUUGAUGAACCUUCAUUUGACAUAUAUAUGAAGUUUUAAUAACAAGAUCAGCGUUACAGUUCGGAUUGUUCAGAUUAGUUUUAGGGUUGGUAUCUUUUAGUUUUAGGGUUAGGAUUUCAGUUGUAGUAAAUUGAAGGUUACUGUUAAACUGUGCCCUCAUACAAAUCUUUAGCUCAAGAUUUCUUAACUCUUUCUCUCCUAACUGACGAUACCAGCGUUGAUUCCACCAGAAUGUGGUAAAUAAUUACGGAGAGAUAGAGUUAAUUUGCUAAUUUAACAUGAAGGAAACACAGUCAUGAGGUCACUAUUUAAAUGAACAGCUGUUGAGAUGAUCUGUAGGGCAUUGUUUGUUCCAAUCACAUUGGCCAGCAAGUCAUGCUGUGAAAAAAAAUUGUUUUCUAAAGCAAAUAGGUUUUCAGUUUUAUGUACAAAUCAAUACAUAAACAUGAGCAUUGACACUAGUUCCAUUCAUGGACAUCCCACACUAGGAAAUGAAGACAGGAACUAACAUUCUAGGAAAAUUAAGCAACAGUUUCAGUCAGUUUAAAACAACUCGAUCUAGGGUGAUGUGAUCUUGAAAGAGACAGCCUAAGACCCUAUGUGAGGUGACUGACUAGCUUUUGUAGGGUUAAAGUAAGUGGGUAUUUUUUUUUUAGAUUAGCUUGAGUUUAUCUUGGCAUGUUAGUAAUUAUUUAUAUUCAUCUGUCACCCACUGUUUGAGAAAUCCCACUUUUGGUUGAACUUCUCCAAACCUGUCAGAAAAUGCCUCAACACAACAUAUAGGUUUUUAAUGUUUACGUACAGAACUCAUCCUGGGUUUUUUUUUUGGCAUUAUAGUGCAUGACAUACUGCAUUGAAGAGAGAUGUAAAGAGAGGAACUGAAGCCUCCUACCUAUCCUUUAGUCUGUUGGACCACUAGGGCACCACGCAAGAUCCGUUGACUGUUGUUCUGCGUUUCUGUCUUUUUUGCCUUGGACUGAAUCUUUCACAACGGCAGAUCCAUCCAUUCCUUUAGGUUGUCUUCCCAUCCCCUUUCUCUGCUUCUUCUUCCUUUGCCUGGUUCUGUUCCCUGAAUCAAUGUCUCUCUGCAAGCCCCGAGGACCUUAUAAUAUGGCCCUAGAAUUUACCUUUUUUUUUUUAUCAGUUUGUCUGGCUAUUGCCAAUGUCUUUUCUGUUUUGACUGUGUUCAUCUUUUAAAAGUAAAGUACCCCUUUCAGACCCUAUGAUCUAUAGGGUAGACAAUAUAAAGGUCAUCUGUUAUUAAGGUUGUCAGUAAAGGAGGGGUCUAAUGGCUAGUACUAUGACCAUACGUUUUCUCAACUAAUACCGGGUACCCAUCAGGCUGGACUCAAUGGCAUCCUAUAAAAAUAUUAAUAAACUUCAGAAUCCUGGUCUUCACCAAGAUUUGAACCAGAUACCUUUUGGUCCAGAAGCCAAGGGUUUUUCACACUCAGCCACCUUGCCCAUGUGUUGUCAUCGUGUGCUGUUGGUUUGAAUACUGUAUUAGACUGAAGGCACUGAGCAUGCUGACAUGUGAGAGCAGGGUAAUAGAAGCUACCAACUGAACAAAGUUACUGCCCUUUUCCUGCAGCUCUUCAAUAUCAACAUUUUUUGUUUUAUUUUUCAUGAACAAAAGAAAUGAUAUGUCUUCAUUGAUGCUUGACUGAUGUGCAAAAAAAAUUGUAUUACUACUGAAAUCUGCAUGACUGUUUUGUUGAUCAAAACUAAGAACUAGGUAGCUAUGUUUUUAAAUUCAUUGUGAAACAUCUUUUUGUUUUUACUUUUAAAUAUUUAUGUUUUUCUGGAUAUUUUUAGGAAGUCAUUACAUGGUAAUUCCUUUCAGAACCGCCAUGACCUAAAUCCUUACUGACUUCUGAUAAUGUUACUUCAUGAUACGUUUUUUUUUCUUUGUAGCAAAUUAUGGGGGAAAAAAAUAUUUUGUAUAUAUUAUGAUGUAUAAGUAAGGCAGCUAUCAAUCUUUUCAUACACUCUAACCAACUAACAAACUUGUUUCACAAAUCAUCAUAAUAAUAAUUUAAUUUAUUUGUUAACAAAAUGUAGGCUCAAGGCGCUGUGAUAACAUUAACAACAUAAACAGGAGAGCUAAAAUGACAAACUAAUCUAAAAAAAAGUUAUAAACAGAUAUGUCUUAAUGUUCUUCUGGAAUGUAGUGUUGUUUAAUCAUUAUAAUAAUACAUAGUAGUUUUGAUCCUGGCUUUUAUUCAUUUGCAGAGAGUGGGGAUAUGAUUACUUAACAUUUCACUCUUUUAUCUUGUACUUAAAAUUAGUACUGAUAGCCAUGAAUGUGUAAAUAGUAUAGUAUGGCCUGUCAGCAGAAACAUGGCCUGUAAAAGAAAAAUAGCAUCAAUGGUGCAGAAAGUCAUCAGCUGAUUUCUUAACUAGAAACGAAAAAUGUUGUUGUUUUUUAGUUUUAAUUAACAUAGAAUCUUGUGUUUUUUUCCUGUUAAGUCUUCAUUCAAAUAUUUUGAUAGCCAUAUAAAUGGGUUUGAGCCACUGUUGUUUCCAAUUAAUCUUUUUGUAGAAAAAAAUGGCCUUGAUCAAAUUGAAUGUUAUAUGUACAAAUAAAUUUAAUUUAAAUGUCAUCAGUCCAUGCAAACAUUAACAAGUGCAUAGUUUUAUUUUGUGGAUAUUUAUUUCAUUUCACAGAUCAUUAUUACAUAUACUGAUAUACAUGUCAUUCCCCGGUGUAGAUGUCUGAAAAUUAUUUUGUAUCAUAUUUUCAAGGCAUUGAUCAAAGUCAUUAGUUUUAUGUUUUAAAUUUAUAAAAUGUUAUCAAUUUGUGAUAAAUAUUACAGUAGAAUGUCGUUUAUCCGAACAUAAGUUAUUUGGAACAUCAGAUAUCCAGACUACUUUUUUUUUUUUUUUGUUUUACUGUACAGUGUUUAUCUUAUCUCAUUUAAUACAAACGUUACUUCAAAGUCAAUGACUUAAAUUCUGCCAAGUCACUGGUUUUCCUGACUGGCUCAGGCAACCCAUUCCAUGCUCUAACAGCAUUAUGGAAGAAGGAGUAAAUUGUCCUAGUAUAUACAUUAUCUUUCUGAGUAAUUUAUUAUAUUUUGUAUUUUGAAGAUUAUGGUUCAGUGUUUUCAUGUAUAAUUUCUACUUUACUCGGGCACGACAUGGCCUAAAUUGUGCCGAUGUGCCUAAAAUCAAAUCAAAUCUACUUUACUUUUGAGUCAUCUCUCCUGAAGGCUUUCUAAAUUUAGUGAUUUUACUAAAGGUGUUACUCUAGUCAAAUGUCAAUAUUCAUUUUUUAUGAAUCUCACUGCUCUAUUUUGUGUCUGUUCCAGUUUCUUAAUGUUUUCUUGAGUUGAGGGGUCCCAAACAGAGGAAGCAUAUUCUAUUAUUGGCCUAACCAAGGUUAAAUAUCAUUUUAGUUUAUGUACUUAUUUGAUUCAUAGAAAUUUCUUUUAAUAAACCCUAAUGCUUUGCUUGAUUUUUUUUGUAUAGUUUCAUCAAUAUGGCAUUCCAUGACAGUUUUUCAUUUAUUAUAACACCAAGGUAUUUUGGGUUUUUAGUCUGUGUUACUGGUUUACCAUGAAUUAAAUAAGUGGAAAUAAUUUGUUUUAGUUUUGUUUGUUACUCUUAAUAACUAACAUUUUUCCUGCGUGGAAAGACAUGCUCCAAUUUGAUUCCCAUUUCUGUAAUUCAUCAAAUUCUCUUUGUAAAAUUUCAGUAUCUUGUGUUUUUUUUUUGUUGUUCUAUAUAUUAUGCAAUCUGAUUUUUUUGUGAGUUGAGGUGAGGGGUUCCAAACAGAUUGGUCUUGCUGAUGUGCAGCCAAAGAUCAGCAAUUAUUUCUCUCAAUAAUGGUAGUCUACUACAUGUAACGCUUUGUACUCCUGUAUAUUAUGCUUUAAUUUUAUGUUUACAUAUGAUGCAAUACCCCCAUAUAAAUUUUCUUUAUAUUAGUGGUGAAAUGGAUAGUUUAUAAUAUUCUAUCUUUGGUUUAUAUCUUAUCUUAUAUAAUACAGACGUUACUUCAAAAAAAGAUGAUUACGUCCCAGGCGUCAUGCAUUCAGUCAUGCAUAUUAACCAAUGACUUAAAUUCUGCCAAGUCACUGGUUUUCCUGGCUAGCUCAGGCAACCCAUUCCAUGCUCUAAUAGCACUAGGGAAGAAGGAGCAUUUGUUAUCCGGUCAGACCCCAUUCACAAUUAAUCUGAAUAAUCGACAUUCUACUGUAUAUUGACAUUUUUUUUUUUUUUUGACAAAUAUUAAAUGUAAGACCAAAAACUCUUAAGCUUCUAGAUUAUGAAAUAGCUUGUUCUUCAGUUCUAGACUAUUCUGUUGGAUGGGUUUCUUCAACUGUGAUAUCAAGUCUGUUUAAUUCUCACAUAUAAUAUAUAUUUUUAUUCUUGUCUAUCAGCUGUUACUUUUUGUGAUCUUUAUAUUUUAUACUUUACUUCAGGUGCAAAAGAUUUUCCUUUCAUGAAAAAACUAAGUCAUUUCUGUAUAUUGUACUGUGUAUUCUGUAUUAUAUUCUUUCUUUUUAUUAUAUAAUAUUUAUAUUGUAUUGUUCUUUUUUUAUAUGAAAUUGUGUUGUAUUAUAUAUAUUAUACUGUAUAUAUUUAUUAUAUAUAUAUAUAUAUAUAUAUAUAUAUAUAUAUAUAUAUAUAUAUAUAUAUAUAUAUAUAUUGUUUUGUUAUAUUUAUGUUUGUUGAUGAGUUAAGUUGUUUUUUUCAUGCUAUUCUGCUAGUUGGUUCAACUACCACAUUUACCUACCACAUUCUCCAAAGAUCACAUAUAUCUACCACAUUCUCCAAAGAUCACACAUAUAUACCACUUUCUCCAAAGAUCACAUAUAUCUACCACUUUCUCCAAAGAUCACAUAUAUCUAGCGCAUUAUCCAAAGAUCACAUGUACCUACCACAUUCUCCAAAGACCACAUGUACCUACCACAUUUUCCAAAGACCACAUGUACCUACCACAUUCUCCAAAGACCACAUGUACCUACCACAUUCUCCAAAGACCACAUGUACCUACCACAUUCUCCAAAGACCACAUGUACCAACCACAUUCUCCAAAGAUCACAUGUACCUACCACAUUCUCCAAAGAUCACAUGUACCUACCACAUUCUCCAAAGAUCACAUGUACCUACCACAUUCUCCAAAGACCACAUGUACCUACCACAUUUUCCAAAGACCACAUGUACCUACCACAUUCUCCAAAGACCACAUGUACCUACCACAUUCUCCAAAGACCACAUGUACCUACCACAUUCUCCAAAGACCACAUGUACCAACCACAUUCUCCAAAGAUCACAUGUACCUACCACAUUCUCCAAAGAUCACAUGUACCUACCACAUUCUCCAAAGAUCACAUGUACCUACCACAUUCUCCAAAGAUCACAUGUACCUACCACAUUCUCCAAAGACCACAUGUACCUACCACAUUCUCCAAAGACCACAUGUACCUACCACAUUCUCCAAAGAUCACAUGUACCUACCACAUUCUCCAAAGAUCACAUGUACCUACCACAUUCUCCAAAGAUCACAUGUACCUACCACAUUCUCCAAAGACCACAUGUACCUACCACAUUCUCCAAAGACCACAUGUACCUACCACAUUCUCCAAAGACCACAUGUACCUACCACAUUCUCCAAAGACCACAUGCACCUACCACAUUCUCCAAAGACCACAUGCACCUACCACAUUCUCCAGAGAUCACAUGUACCUACCACAUUCUCCAAAGACCACAUGUACCUACCACAUUCUCCAAAGAUCACAUUGUUAUAUUUAGUUGUGUGUCCCUAUCUCUACUUUGAUGUCUCUGUGACACAAUUCAUUUAGAAGUAAAACAUAUGAACACGUCAACCUUCUUUUCCUCCCCUCCUGCUCUGUUUAACAAAAUUGUUUCACUCAUUGUUCAGUUCAUAUUUUAUAAUUGUUCAGUUGUCCCAUGUUUUUAUCUUUUUUUUUUUUUUUAAAA